CUGGACGAGUGGAAGUCAACGUGCACAAGGCAUUAUAUUUCUCAAAGAGACUUGAUCAACCAGCUUCUGACAGAUAGCCGAAGGUGAUCGACCCUUCAGAGGCCUUACUCAGCACGCGAGUCAAGGAUUUAGACAAAUCGACGGGAAGAUAUACAUGACACUAGAGAAACAGAAUACCUCGACGUCAGACAAACAAAGUGAUACACCAACAUUUGUCAUUAUUCAGACAGGACGACCAGGUCUAUAUCUUGAUAGACUCUCCCUCUUUCCCAAUUAGGGCCUUACAUCUAGACAGCAUCAUAUCAACUCUACUAUUUCACUCUGUCCAUCAAAACUACUACCCACCAUGUCCCAAUCACAGAGCUUCGACUUCUUGGUCGGGACAUUCAACACACCACAACUUUAUACUCUUCGCUUCACACCAUCCUCUCAAUCGUGCUCAUCGAGCACACUCAAAAUCGUCCAGCGUUCUUCCGCCAUCGGGUCUCAUUCCUGGCUACACCUCACCUCUCCGAGACCAGACGGGACACGCACACUCUACGCCACCGCUUGGACAGAACCACCCACCGUGGUCGCAUACGCCGUGCACUCACCCACACAAAUAUCACUUCUCGGCACGGCACGGACACAAUCACGAAGCGGAUACGUCUGCGCGAGCGACGUAGCAGUCUACUCUGCCGGGGGCGCUACAGGCGAAGUAUUCGUCAUCGACCGCGAGACCGGAGGCUUUCUUCUGCAACCUUCUCAGGCAAACGGCGACACCAAACGAGACACGACACGCUCGACGUCACCCACGCCAGUACCGCCUCUCCAGACCAUUUCCUUUCUCGACGCCUCUUCUCAGCGCGACGACGGCAGCGUCAUGGACUUUGGCGGCCUCCGCCACGGCGCCCACUCGGCCGACCUCUCGCCGGACCAGAGGGCGCUGUACGUGGCCGACAUUGGGCGCAACUGCAUAUGGACCUUCUCGGUCUCGCCGGUCGACGGCGGCCGCGUGACGCCCGGCGAGAAGCACGUGUCGCCCCGGCCCAACGACGGCCCCAGGCACGUCUGGCCCCACCCGUCCGGUCGGUACGUGUACUGCCUGCAGGAACACACGAGCAUGGUCGACGUCUUUUCGACGUCCGACGGCGGGGUGACUCUCGAGCACGAGCAAGGCGUCCGGAUCAUCCCGGCCGGCGAGGUCGAGAGUGAGUUUUGGGCCGACGAGGUGCGAACGAGUUUCAGUCACGCCUCGAAGCCGCGGUACCUCUACGCCAGCACGAGGGGGUUGGACCCUCGCAGAAAGGGUUACGUGGCGGUGUACAAGCUCACGGAGGAAGGGAGGAUCGACACGUCCUCUGCCGCCUCAAACGCCUUGAUCUCGGCCAACGGCAGUACGAGUGGCGGCAGCGGCAGCGGCACCCUCACAAAUGGCAAUGGCAAUGGUGCGAAUGCAAAUGCAAACACAAAAGCGGCCACCCAGGACCCGUACGCGGGCUUACUGUGCAUGUACGAGACUGCCACGAGCGGAGGGUGGGCCAACGCCGUCCAGCCGGGUCCCACGGUCGACGGGGUCGAGUACCUGGCCAUGACCGACAGCGAGGAAGGGUUCGUCUUUGUUUUGAGUUGGGACGGCAAGGAGAUGAAGGAGGUCGCCAGGACAAAGUUGGACGAAGGAGCUGGUGCCGCAACCGCCGUUUGGUUUUCUUGACGACUUUCCACACACACGAGACAACGACUACAAGUAAGAUACGGAAGUAGGGAGCGUAGAGAAUACAAAUGAAAAUAAAAAC